CGGGCCCGGGGGCGCGGUCCCGGUCCUCGCGGGCCCUUCUUCCUCCACCGGCCGCUCCUCGCUUAGAUUAAAAAGUCAGUCUUGAGGUGCCUGGUUCCCAUCGCGCAAAUUAGGAGACUUGAUCAAAGUUAGCCUGAUUAGAAAAGCCUUUUGAGAAACUGCAAGCAAGUUCGGACAAAUAUCUCAUAAACUUUAUCUUGUUUUAAACACUGCUGUCCCUUUUUAUAGAGGUUUCUUGGAGCAUUCGGCCUCAAGGGAUUAAUGGUGUUAGCACAUUAAUAUGGCCUGAGCUUUUGUUUUUCUUCAUUACAACAGCAGUUUUGACAAAUCCACAGUAUUUACUCCUAUAGAGUACUGUUACUUGUUAAGCUCAUCUUUUUUAUGUUUUUAAUUUUUCUGUGUCACAGAACCUAAAUUGCUAAUAAAUCAAUAAGAAACAAAUGUUUACAUUCCCUCAGUGAAAAGUAUCAUGUCUAAGCUCAACAUAUAUCGGAGCCAGCAUGGACACCUCUCCUUCCUCCACUAAGAGCGGAAAAUGAGCAAAUCACAGGAGCAAGUGUCAUUCAAGGAUGUGUGUGUGGACUUUACUAAGGAAGAGUGGUGUCUGCUGGACCCCACUCAGAAGAUACUAUACAGGGAUGUGAUCCUGGAAAAUUACAGUAACCUUGUCUCAGUAGGGUAUUGUAUUGCUAAGCCAGAAGUGAUCUUCAAGAUAGAGCAAGGGGAGGAGCCCUGGAUAUUGGAGAAGGGAUUCCCAAACCACUAUAACCCAGAAAGGAAAUGGAAAGCUGAUGACCUAUUAGAGAGCAGCCAGGAAAAUCAAGGUGAACAUUUUUGGCAGCUCAUAUUCACCAGCAACAAAACAGUAAGUGUGGAAAAUGGUGACAGAGUUCGGAAAAUUUUCAGUCUGGACACAAACACAAUUUCCUCAAGAAAUUUUCCCUUCAAAGUAUGUGACUCAUGUGAAAUAAGUUUGAAAAAUAUUUCAGGCUUAAUUAUUAAUAAAAACUAUUCCAAAAAGAAGUCUGAUGACUUUAAUAUAUGUGAGAAAUUACUCUUUGAUAUUAGGCAUGAAAAAAUUCCUACUGGAAGGAAAUCUUACAGAUACGAUCAAAAAAGGAAUGUCUUCAGUCAUCAGGAUUUCACUCAACCAAAUUUUUAUGAACCCUUUGAAUAUAAUGAAAACAGACCAGGCUUCCAUGAGAAAACAACCUUUUUUACAAAUCAGAAGUCCCAAGUAGAGGAAACACUCUGUAGAUACGCCAGAUGUGGAAGAAUGUUCAACAGUUUAAAGCUUGAUAUAUCUCAGAGAACUUUUUUGGAUAUGGAGCCACAUGAAUGCAGUAUCUGUGGGAAAGCCUUUUAUAUGGACUUAAAAAUUGGACAUCAGAGAGCUAUUACAGGGGUCAGUCCUUAUGAAUACAAUGAAUAUGGGGAAAUCUGUGACAACUCAACUUUCAUUACCCAUCAGGGAGCUUACACAAGGAAGAUUCCCCAAGAAUAUAAAGUGAAUGACAAAAUGUGGGGAAAGUCAACCCUCUUUAAACAUCAGAUAGUACACUCAGGGGAAAAACCGUAUGAGUACCAUGAAAAUGGGAAUAAUUUCAGCAAGAAGGCACAUCUAACCCAAUCUCGGAGAGGUCACUCAGGAGAAAAAACCUUUGAAUGUGGUGAAUGUGGCAAAACUUUCUGGGAGAAGUCAAACCUCACCCAGCAUCAGAGAACACACACAGGAGAGAAGCCCUAUGAAUGCUCUGAAUGUGGGAAAGCCUUCUGCCAGAAACCACACCUUACCAACCAUCAGCGAACACAUACAGGAGAGAAACCCUAUGCCUGUAAGCAGUGUGGAAAAAUGUUCUGUGUGAAGUCAAACCUCACUGAACACCAGAGGACACACACGGGAGAGAAACCCUAUGAGUGUAGUGCAUGUGGGAAAUCCUUCUGCCAUAGAUCAGCCCUGACUGUCCAUCAGAGGACACACACAGGGGAGAAGCCCUUUAUAUGUAAUGAAUGUGGGAAGUCCUUUUGUGUGAAGUCAAACCUCAUUGUACAUCAAAGAACUCACACAGGGGAGAAACCCUAUAAGUGUAAUGAAUGUGGGAAGACCUUCUGUGAAAAAUCAGCUCUUACUAAACAUCAGAGAACUCACACAGGUGAGAAGCCCUAUGAAUGUAAUGCAUGUGGGAAGACCUUUAGUCAGAGGUCAGUACUCACUAAACAUCAGAGAAUACACACAAGGGUGAAAGCGCUUCCUACAUCCUGAGUGUUAAGAAGGCUUCAAACACCUGUCAGAUUUACUGUACAGUAUUUAAAAUGAGAGCAAAAGCCAAAGAAUGCCACAAAGUAUUAGAAAGUGACAUCUCAUUUAAAUAUGUGAAAGCUUUCAAGAAAAAUAACUUUUUGGAAAAUUUGUACUGAAGUUAUUCAUUUAAGUAAUAUUGUAAAAAAAUCUUUCAAAAUUUGUUACGUCAUCUGCCAGAUGUGAUACAAAAAUUGUAUUUUAUAUAUAUAUAUAUAUGGCAGUAUAUAUUAUAUACAUAUAUAUAUUAGGCAAUAUUCAUUUUACCCAUAUUCUCAGUGGAAUCUGAAGCUUAAAACAAUUGAAUAACAGUAACGUUAAACAUAUAUGUGAAGAGGCCCUGAUGUUUGUAGGCCUCAAGUGAGUAUGCUAAUGUAACAGAAAUUUGGGGGCUGGGGAUUUAGCUCAGUGGUUCCACUGCCUGCCUCGCAGACACAAGGUCCCAAGUUUGAUCCCUGGUAUCAAAAAAAAGAAAAGAAAUUUGGGGUAUACUUGAUUGGUAUGCUGGAGCCCAUGAACCCUUAGUUUAGUAACUUAUGAUGUAUAUUAAUAUUUUGCACCUAAAUCCCACCAGUGUCUCUGUUCUUAGGAUUAUGUAUGUGUGUACAUAUAUAUGAAUGUGUCUAUAUUUGUACAUGUAUGUAAAUAUAUUUGUUCAUAUAUACCUACAUAUACAGUGAUAUCUUCAUAUCAUCUCAUACUGACUUACAAGUACUGCUGAUUGUUAAGUUUUCAGGAAUAUUGUAAGCCAAUUGUUAAAUAUCGUCAUUAUUUUAAAAUGUAUAAAUUUAGAGUUAUAUUCAAAAGGUAAUAUUCAUCACUUCCUAAUAGUUUCACUAUAUUUCACUGUUAUCUUGUGGUUUAGAUUACUUAAAUUAGUGAGAAUACUCUAAUGAUCGCGUGCUACUGCAUGUAUCUUCCCAACACCAUAUGCUGGUAGCUUCACCUUAAUCAGAAUAUUUAUACUGUGGAAAUUGGAAAACUCUGUAUUUCAAGAUUUUUCUUUUCUUAGAGAACUGUUAUCACAUAUUGACAAGCAUACCUAUUUGUAUAUAUGAAAAGAUACUUGGCAUAUUUAAAGUAUAAACCACACACCCACUUUUUUUAUUUCCUGAAAAAAUAAAUGACUAUGGCCGUUAUUACUGAACUGUCUCUUCAGUAAAGCCAAAAGAUGUUUUUGUGAGGUUUUUAACUACCUCUCAACCAGUGCAAUUCUAAAUGCUACCAGUCUCUAUAUAGGUUGGCCAGUAUAUGUUUUAAGUGAAGUACUGUUUUUACAAAGAACCAUGUCACCUACUUUUGCCUGUUUCCUGGCAUAUCUGAAUAUGGCCAGUAUUAUCAAACUUCCCCUUUGGUGAAGAAGUUAAACAGAAUUUUUCUGAGUUUUUUCAUCUGUCUCUGGGUCAGUCAUACAAAUGCUGUUAAUAAGAAUGAUGUUUACACAAUUAUGCAAAGGUUAACAUCAGUUAUGAACAGUUAUACUGGACUCUACAAAUGAAAAAUGGUGUUAUGUAAUGAGAUGCCUCUUUCAUAUUCUGGCAUCUCACUGUGGCUCAUUUCAGGCAUGAUUUCGGUAACCUUAGUUCUGUGUAGCUCAGGAAAUCUGUGCUUGUACUUAGAAAAUAGUGUUAUCUUGUGUCUCUUCCUCUCUUGUCCUGUUCCUGUGUUCUCUGGGAACACAUUGGUAAGGGUUCCAAGAGGCUCUGCGCACCUGCUGCUUCCUUGCUGAGCUGUCCUGUUUGUCCAUCUUACCCUAGAUGACUUGAGGGUAGAUCCAGGGGGAACAUGUGAGCAAUGAGUUGUUUUGGGAUAGAUACUCUGCAGUACUUCUGGGAAAGAUGUCAGUUAUAAAGUAAUGAUAGGAGAUCUGAAAGGCAUGAGAAGAAUCCUCUUAACAGGACUUUCUCAUGUCUGUGUGACAUGGAUGAUAGUUUGUGGCCCUGUUGAACACCACCCUGAAGAGGACAGUGCACAAGGUAGGAGAAGUGGGCCCUGACGUGAUGUCACUGAGCUACUCAAUUCCACCAGCUCUCUUCUGGGACCUUGUAUUACCGGUGAUAAUAACUUUCUUACUUAUUCUUUGGACUUUCUGAUACUUAGACCUGAAGGCAUUCCAGCUGAUCUAUAGGAAUACUUUCUAAGUGUUGAUGUUAUGUACAGUGGUUGUAGGGGAAAACUGUUUAUUUCCACAGGUUGAUACAGGGAUGGAUGUUUGUAUAGGGCCUAUACAGUAGGAAAAAAAGAAAAAACUAAAUAGAUUUUACUGGCAGACUUAACUACCAUGGUGUGGUCCAGAAACAAAUAAUUGAAACACCUAGAAUAUAGUGUCUGCAGGAAGGCAUUUCAAUUCUGAGUCCUCAGGACAAAGAUGGAAACAGAGCCCUGUGAGAGCUGCUGUCAUCAAGAUUUUGUCACUCCCAGAACUGUCCACCAAAUUGCUAAUGCCUCCCUGUGAAGAUCCCAAGCAGAUGCAUUUCAGGUGAGCCCAGGUGGGCACAGUGAAGGGUGGAGGGAGACUGGGUGGAAAAAAUGUAAAGUAAACAGCAUGGUGUUUUUAAUUUCUGUAAAUUCCUCUAAAAGGCUCAGUAUGAGAAAUAAAGUUAUUACAUUAGGUGAAA